AUGCAGCAAAGUCUUAGGACAUCAUGGCGGAUGCUGGAGCGCUCCUCGAUCCUAUCAAACUCUCGCUCCAGCCUAUCCCCGUCAACACUCAGAUCGAACUCGAGCAUCUUCUCAUCCAUAUCCAAUAACCUGACAACUACAAAGCCUUCCAUUUCUCAAUAUAUCUCCCCCUUUGCACUACAAAUCCGACACGCCUCGCACGCAACCCAAGGACGCGCCAACGCCAAAGCCCGUGAUCCAGCCGGAAAACGUCUCGGCGCCAAAAAGAGCGGCGAACAAUACGUCGUCCCCGGAAACAUCAUCUUCAAACAACGCGGCACAUUAUGGUUCCCCGGCGAAAACUGCGACAUGGGCCGAGACCAUACGAUUUAUGCUACCGAGGCUGGGUAUGUGAAAUAUUAUCGUGACCCGGAGUUGCAUCCGAAGAGACGGUAUAUUGGAGUUUGUUUUGAGAGGGAGGGGACGUUGCCGACACCGAGGAAUGCGCCGACGAGACGGAGGCUGAAUAUGGUUGCUGUUCCUCGUGUGGAGCAACCUGCCGGUGAACAGGAAGACCUGAAUGCGGAUGUCGAAAACGAUGGGACAAAGGUGUUUGAUGCCGAGGGUGCGGCCAAGACUACUUUGCCGCUUCGUCCGGGAUACAUGUACCGUGAAGCGAAUUGGCAGAUUGGACGGGCUGGUGACAAGGCUGCUAUGACCGCUGAGACGUUUGAUCCCAAGAACCGAUGGUUGGCUUGGAGAAAGAGACAGGCUCGUGCCCAGCGUGCUGCCCAGAUGAAGAGCUUGAAGGGCAAGAAGAAGUCCGGCAAGAAGCCCAAAGGCAGGUAG